AUGGCAGAGAACUCCCAGCAAUUUGGUUUACGUGAGAGCAACCCUCCUCGUAGAGUCAAUGAGGUAGAGACUUCAUCCAUACAGCAGCAACUGUCAGAAUUGACGUCUGUUGUUAGGCAAUUAGCCAUGAGAGACACGCCGCGAGCAAAGGUGUGUGGAAUCUGUACUAGCAUGGACCACCCCACUGACUCAUGCCCUAUGUUGCAAGAGGAUGGAGCUGAACAAGUGAACAUGGCUGGAGGCGUGCCCGCGCCUCAAAGACCGUACGACCCAUACUCUAACACGUACAACCCUGGUUGGAGAGAUCAUCACAAUUUCAGCUAUGGUAGUAGGCCACAAAAUGCAUUCUCCAAUCGGCCUCCAGGUUUUCAGCAACCUUGGCAACAUAAGUCUCAACCCUCGUCCUCAAACUCAGGGAGUUCUUUGGAAGAAAUUGUCAAGAGUUUGGCCACGACUACCACUCAACUCGUCGCGACCACCACUCAGCUCCAACAGGAGACUAGGUCCUUAGUUGCAAGUACUACUCAGUUCCAACAUGACACCAAAGCAGGCAUGAAGGACAUGGAGACUCGUAUGAGUCAAAUGGCAACUGCCAUUAAUCGUCUGGAGUCCCACGUCUAUGGAAAAUUGCCAUCGCAACCUGAGAUAAACCCCAGAAAUGUAAGUGCCAUGACAUUAAGGAGUGGCAAGGAAGUGGAGGGGCCGAAGGUCACAAACUCAAAGAGUAAAAGUGAAGACGAGAUCGAGCAGGAGAUAGAGGAAGAAGGACACAUUCGUGGAGGUCCUGAGGUAAUUCUCACACCAUCAAUACCCGUUAAAGCUAAUUUACCCCCUUUUCCGUGCAGGUUGGCGAAGACGAAGAAGGCAGAGAAGGAGAAAGAAAUCCUGGAUGUGUUCCGCAAAGUUCAAGUAAACAUCCCCCUAUUGGACGCGAUCAAGCAGGUACCCAAGUACGCAAAGUUCUUGAAAGACUUGUGCGUUAACAAAAGAAAGCUAAAGGGUGAUGAAAGAGUGAUGGUAGGAGAGAAUGUAUCAGUUGUACUUCAAAGGAAACUCCCACCCAAAUGCGGAGAUCCAGGUAUGUUUGCUAUCCCCUGUAAGAUUGGUCAUUCUAGUAUCAAAAAUGCCAUGAUAGAUUUAGGAGCUUCUAUUAAUGUGAUGCCUAAGUCAAUCUAUGAUUCCCUAAAUUUAGGACCUUUAAAAGAAACGGGGAUAAUAAUUCAAUUGGCUGAUCGUACAUGUGCUUAUCCGGAUGGGAUAGUUGAUGAUGUUUUAGUGCAAAUAGAUGGAUUAAUUUUUCCUGCUGAUUUUUAUGUGCUUUACAUGGAUGAUAGAAGUGCCCUAAAUCCAUCACCCAUUAUACUAGGAAGACCAUUUUUGAGUACUGCCCAGACUAAAAUUGACGUUAGUAAGGGGACCCUAGAUGCUUGUGUUAGUAUAGACUACUACAUGGCCUUUGCUCUCUUGGUUGUACUUCUGAGCUCCGAAAUGCUUGAGGGCAAGCAUUGUCUAGGUGUGGGGGGAUUUGAUAGAACGGUGGUCGGCAUAAAAAAUGAUCUCGCAAGGCAAAAUUCCAGAAGACCUUGCAUUUCAGAGCGUGGUCACGCCUUGGAAGGUGGACGAAACCGAAAGCCGGACUGCGGUCCACGUGAACCGCGAGGAGCAUGGGAUUAA